AUGCAAUCAUCAAAUUUAAAUAGUCUCAUUGCUAAAGAAGAAGAAAAUAUUCAAAAACUUGUUUUAAAAAACUAUAUUCCAACAUUAAUUAUUAUCAGUUGUUUUCUUGUAUGCAUAAGUAUUUUUGGAUUAAUUGGUAAUUGGUUAGUAGUACAUACAAUUGGUCGUCAUAUAUUUAGAAGAUUUUUCAAAUUAUUAGAAAACUGUCUACGUAUUGUUUGUAACUGUUCAAGAUGUAAAAAUCAACCAGAAAACCCUAAACAAAAUCAAAAACGUUCUCAGUACCGACAAGAUAUUUGUCAACAACGAUUGAAUCCUUAUCUUGAUGUAUGUUUAUCAAGAACUUCCAGUCUUAUGCCAAUUAGCCAAUCGUCUAAUUCUAUCAGUAAUAAUGAAUUAAGAAAUCAAGGCAAUAGUGUAACAAGUGUCAAUAAUACUUCAACAUUAAAUAUUCACCAAUCGAUAGAAACAGGAAAUGAUUGUACUAAAAACAGGGAAACUACGAAAAAAUUUAUUUUUACAAAACGUACUGCCAUGCACACAGAUCUCAACUCUGAUCUUCUCAUUGUCCUUCUUGCAAUAAAUGACUUGAUUAUCUGUGUUAUUGAUAUACCGACAACAAUCUUUCUGAUUGUAUGGGAAACCAGAACAUAUGACUUUAUUUGUAGACUACAUGUGAUCUUAAAAUCAUUCACUCUAACUGUUUCUGCAUUAUUUUUGGUUAUAAUUGCCUUGGACCGUUGGUUGUUAGUUUGUUUUAUACCAUGUGUUAUAAUGACAAAAAAGUGUAUGAAGAGACUAAUCGUUGGAACAUAUAUCUUAGGAAUACUAUGGGCAAUACCAAUGGGAUUACAUCAUGGUGUACACAGUUAUUUUAAAAUUAGUACAGUUGAUAAACUUGUAUCCAGUGAUUCAGAAGCUAUUUCCAUGUUUCAUGAAUCAAAUAGUUUAUUUAAAACUAACCAAUCAGAAUCGAACGAUAGUAUUUCUAACAGCUCAUCAAUGUCAUCAAAAAAAUCAUCAUUGGCUUAUUUUACAUCACAAUUUAUCGACCUAAUAUCAUCAUUUACAAAUUAUGGUUAUUGUAAAUCUGAUGAACGUUUCAUAUCACAAAGUGAUUAUGAAAUUUACCAAUUGUCUAUAUUAAUUUUAUUCAGUUUUAUUUUCACUUGCAUUUGUAUCUUUUACGGUUAUUUAUUUUUAUUCAUUAUGAUACAUCAAUAUCGAUGGAGAACAAAAUUUGGACCUAAAAUAAAAGUUAUUGAACCAAUAAAUACUCCUUCAACUUCUCCAAAACAUGAUGUUAUAAUUAAUAAACCAGUUAAACAAUCUGAUUUUAUUUGUUUUAAUCAUAAUAAUAGAUCAAGAUUUUUAAGUGUACAAUUAAAUCAAACACAUUUAAGCAAUAAACAACAUCGAAAUCAAUUUAGUCAUAGUUAUAGUGAUUCAACAAUAGAAAUCAAUUCACAAUCUAUACAUUUUGAUCAAUUAAAAUCAAUAAAACAACAAAAUAAAAUGAAUCAAUCUAAACAAAUUAUUUCAAUUCAAAAUAAUAAUAAUAAUAAUCAAUUAAAAUAUAAAUCAAUAAAACGAAAUUUAUUUAAUUUAUAUAAAAAACCUAAUCAUCAUCAUAUAAAGUUAACAAAUAAUCGACAUAUAAAAAGUGCAAUUACAUUUAUUUUAAUUACAGUUAGUUUUAUUAUAUCCUAUUUACCAAAUUUAUUAAUUGCUAAUCGAUUUAUUUGGCCUAUCAAUUGGGAAUUAUUAAUGGAAACAACAAAUCAAUUACAUUUAAUAUAUAAUUAUAAUAUAAUGAAUAAAACAAAUUCAUUAUUAUAUAAUAAUUCAAUGAUUACUGAAAUGAAUUUAAAUAAUCAUUUUUAUAAUCAUCAAUUAUAUAAUAUAACAAAUAAUAAUUUAUUAAUGAAUAAUUCAAAUGAAAUAUUAAAAAUUAAAAUUAAAUAUCAUUUAAGACGAUUUUUUCAUUAUUUAUAUUUUAUUAAUUCUGCCGCGAAUCCAUUAAUUUAUUUCUUUUUUAAUUUAAAAUUUCGUUUACAAUUAAAAUAUUUAAUUCAUUGUUUUAAUACAUGUUUUAAUACAUCAUAA